AUGAGAAGACCGGUUGCUGAAUACCCGCAAGAAAGAACGCAGACGCAGCCUGAGAACCCGUUUGCUACCUUGAUUCCGGAGCAACAAUUCGCCAUCAUCCCUGAAUUCACUCUCGAGUCGGGAGUGACCCUCCACAAUGUUCCCGUCGCCUACACGACCAGAGGCAAGCUCUCGCUCAACGGUGACAAUGCCAUGGUCAUCUGUCACGCUUUGACAGGCAGCGCCGAUGUGAGCGACUGGUGGGGUCCUCUCCUUGGGGGACCUGGCAGAGCCUUCGACACAUCGCGGUUCUUCAUCGUAUGCAUGAACGCUAUGGGAAGCCCUUACGGCACUGCAAGCCCGGUCACAGCCAAGGAUGGAGAUCCUGAGAAGGGCAUAUACGGCCCCGAGUUCCCCCUGACCACGAUCCGUGACGAUGUCAAUCUGCACAAGUUGCUGCUGGACGAUCUCGGCGUCAAGCAGGUUGCCGCAGUCAUUGGUGGAUCUCUGGGCGGCAUGUUCGUGUUGGAAUGGGCGUAUCUCGGCAAGGAGUAUAUUCGAUGCGUCGUGCCCAUCGCAACCUCAAGCAGACACAGCGCCUGGGGUAUCAGCUGGGGCGAGGCACAGCGCCAGAGCAUCUACGCCGACCCGAAAUACGACGACGGGUACUACCCCUUCGAUGACCCGCCAUCCACCGGCCUGGGCGCAGCCCGCAUGUCGGCCCUCCUGACAUAUCGCAGCCGCAACUCCUUCGAAUCCCGCUUCGGACGCAACAUCCCAGACCCUUCUAGGCGGCAGAUCAUUCGCGAGCGGCCCAGACCCAGCACGCCGUCCGAGGCACACUUCCACAUCCACAACGACGGGCACAAAGUCAAGCGAGUCGGCCUAUCGAGCCCGAACAGCCAAGGCGGCAGCAGCACGACAGAGACGCCCGUCAACGGCGCAGCGGUAGCGGUCCCCGAGGCCCUGGACCCGCAAUUCCACGGACCUCAGACGACAACGGCGACGACGGCGGAUAGUCUGACCGGAGGCGACAAACUCCCCACGUCGACCUACUUCUCGGCGCAAUCCUACCUGCGCUACCAGGGACAAAAGUUCGUCAAGCGGUUCGACAGCAACUGCUACAUCGCCAUGACGAGGAAGCUGGACACGCACGACGUCUCCCGGGACCGCGCCGCGACCAUCGCCGAGGCCCUCGCCCUGAUCGAGCAGCCCACGCUCGUCCUGGGCAUCGAGAGCGACGGGCUCUUCACAUUUGCCGAGCAGGAGGAGAUUGCGGAGCACGUCAAGGACGCCCGGCUCGAGCGUAUCGACAGCCCCGAGGGCCACGACGCCUUCUUGCUCCAGUUUGAGCAGGUCAACCGCUACGUGCUGGAUUUCCUGAAGCAGACGUUGCCCGACAUUAUGGAGAAGCAGGGCGAGGAAGUUGAGGAGGUUGGUGUUGGGCAGCUGACUAAGAGCAGCACAUUUGGCGAGGCCGAGGUGGAAGAUAUUACUGCCUGGUAA